AUGGCUUGUGUGAGAGGGAGCGGGGGAAGCGCUUGGUAGUAACGUCUAACGGUUGAGUCGGAUCAACCCUGCGGCCAGCGGGCAGAAGUGUUUGUACAGUGAUGGACUAGGAUGGACGGGAGUCAUUCACACUGACCAGGGGAUGUCUGGCGUCUCAACGCGAAUCACGUGGUUUUGGAUGAGAAAACAUUGAAUAUUUGAAAAAAGUGUAACAAUGGGAGUUGGAGACCGGUUUGGAUAUUUGAAAAGAUGGACAGGGUUUUUAUCAAUUUUUGUGUUGUGCUUGUGGGUUUGUCGGACUACGUCGUCGCCUGCCUGCGAGCCCGUGACGCUGUCCCACUGCGUCAACAUCGUCAACACGACGCAGCUUCCCAACCUCUACGGUGACUACACUCAAGAUGACGUUGACGUAAAGACGUCACGACUAUUCCGGGUUCUAGGAUCUCAGUGUCAAACGUUUAACCGUUUUCUCUGUGUGUUGUACCUGCCCCCGUGUCCCGACCCCCACCGACGCACCCCGGGGGUUCUACCCCUCCCCUGCAGACAGGUGUGUGAGGGGGCAAGGAAAGAGUGUAACGGUGUCAUGGCUGACAACGGCAUGAGGUGGCCCUAUGAACUUCAGUGCCAUAACUUCCCCACUGAGAACUGUGUUAUUGUUCAGGAUUCUGGUGAACUGGAGCUGGUGGAUGUGUCUCUGCGCGUGACCGGAAGUAUACGGCGGCCGAACACACAGCCGGUCAGUGUUGCACCCCUGGAGGCGGAAAUCGGCGACAACGAUGAAUACUCAGUGGAAGUUGUAUCAAUGACAACCAGUCAGAUACCUCAGAGACGAUAUGACGUCAUAGAGCUCGGUGAUGAGGACUUAUACCACGGCUGGGCGGAUGUGCAGGGCACCGGCGCAGCAAACGACUACUGCAGAAUUUUGGGACGUGGAAAGAGAAGGUUCUUGUCAUGCGCACUGGCAGGAAGCUCAGGUCAAGGUCACCAUUACGUUUCUAAGCUAGGUUUUGACAGCGGUCACAGAGACACGUGGUUCAUGCGCGACGUCGACAACGACGGCCGUGACGACUAUUGUAGAUGUGUGGGCAAGCCGGAGGGCUCUAAGAUCUGGUGCAUGAAGGCUGGAGAUAAAGGCUUCUAUGGCAGCACUGUGCAAGGCGGAAGUCAGUACACGUUCGAGCUUCCGGGAUCCACCGGAUGUCAUGAUAAAAAACUUAAUCCUCAGUUUGGAGCUUGAUAUCACUGUUAUUCCAUAUGUGUAAAUAGGGCUGAAAGUAUUCAACAAAGAAGAAAAAUAAACAUUUCUCAUUUUCUUAGUA